UGCCAGGAAAGAAAGAAAAGUUAGAGUACCUCUUCGUCCGUCCCCCAUCGAAUUCAUCCUUCCAAUCGAUCGAAUAGCAGCCAGGAAAGAGAGAGAUGGGCAACUCCCUCUUCAAAUUCCUCUGCGGCAAAUUCUCCGACCAACUUCACCACUCCUCCGCCGCCGCCCCUCCCGCCGCCACCGACGCCGUCUCCGCCCUCGCCCACGAUCUCCACCACUUCGGCGUCACAUCGCAGGUUCCGGAGAGGCUGAGCCACCACGUCGUCUCCUCUAAGAAGGCACAAGCCAACUGGUACAGAAAAUUGCUGGACGCAUGGAAGGAAUCCAAGCCGCCGCCAAAAACACCAGAAGCAGCUUCGAGGCUCGUCGUCCAAACCUUAAAGAGGCAUCAGAGAGCAGAUGUUGAGGGUCUCUUGGCUUACUACGGCCUUCCACUCCCUCACACCCUGCCGGAUGCUGCGCCGGUUGUUCGUCCUUCAUCCAAGCCAGAAGGAGUGAAGUAUGAGCUGCACACGCUUCCGGUGGAUGCUAGAGCUGUGGCAGACGGAGAUACAAUUACGGUGUACGUCGACACCGCUGAUCCGAGAGAGUCAGCGAAUGUCCCUCGAGGCGUGCACGAGGCGGCCAUUGAGAGAGCAGGAGCACGAGCUGCCAAGGACUACAACAAGGCAGAUGCACUCCAUAAAAUUGUCAUGGACGCAGGAUACAGAGUAAUUGCUGGAGCUAACGAUGAGGAGAUCCUUGCGCGCAAGUAUCGAAUCAGACUAAGGGGAAUUGAUGCGCCGGAGAGCUCCAUGCCAUUUGGGAAGGAAGCCAAGGAGGCUCUGGUGAAGUUAGUCCAAGGAAAGUGCUUGAAGGUUCUUGUUUAUGGAGAUGAUCGAUACCGUCGCUGCGUAGGAGAUAUUUACUUCAAUAGUGUCUAUAUCCAAGAACAGAUGCUUAAGAAAGGGCUUGCAUGGCACUACGUUGCCUAUGACCAACGUCCAGAGCUAGCAAAGUGGGAGAAGGAAGCAAGAGCUAAACGUGUUGGCUUAUGGGCUUCUUCACACCCUGAGAAGCCAUGGGAAUGGAGGAAAGAGAGAAGAAAUGCAACAUAAAGAAAGUGUUCUGAAACAUUCACGCUCUCCUGUCGCUUGAAGAAGAUUUGUGAAGUAUUAGUUGUUUGGAGUUGCUGAAACUUGUGUAUCGUUUAUGUAUUAUCAUUGUUUUUAAUGAAUUGAAUCAUCGCAAAUAAUUGAAGAGGAAGGAGUACCAUUAACUUUCAAUUGCAAAA